AUGUUUCUUGCAAUUUGUUCAUUUCACUCUGUUUAUGCUUAUCAUUCUUUUUCCAUCUCUCUCUCUCUCUCUCUCUCUCUCUCUCUCUCUAUCUAUCUAUCUAUCUAUCUCACUCUGUUAAUAUAUAUAAAUAUCUCACUUUGUUCAUAUAUCUAUCUAUCUAUCUAUCUAUCUAUCUGUGUGUCUAUCUAUCUCAGUCUGUUCAUAUCUAUCUAUCUAUCUAUCUAUCUAUCUAUCUAUCUAUCUAUUGUUUUUGAUAAGGGAUUUCAUAUUUCGGUUUCUAACCGCGUGUGUCCUCUUGGAGAAUACAUAGACUCUCUCAACCAAUUUUCUUCUCUUCGCCACAACAUAACUUCAUUGAUUCAGGUCUUGGAAUUGAAAAUGAAGGCGACACUCCGAAAACCGGUCUUUUAUAUUCUAAUCCCGUUCAUUAUCUAUUUAUCUAUGUAUCUGUCUGUUUAUAUCUAUCUGUCUGUCUGCCUGUGUAUUUAUUUCAACCUGUACAUAUCUAUCUAUCUAUCUAUCUAUCUCAUUCUGUUCGUAUCUAUGUAUCUAGCUCAUUCUGUUCAAAUCUAUCUAUCUAUCUAUCUAUCUAUCUAUCUUAUUGUGUUAAUAUCUAUCUCAUUCUGUUCGCACCUCUCUCUUUUCUUUCUCUUUCUCAACCUCAUUUUGCUCGCAUGCUUGCAUCUAUCUAUCUAUCUAUCUAUCUAUCUAUCUAUCUAUCUAUCUAUCUCCGUCUGUUCCUAUCUGUCUCCAUAUCUAUCUGAAAGACUACUCUUCGAUCGGAUCCAUAUGCAUGACUACCGCAUUUUCUUCAUUUUUCUUGUCUUUCGCCAUUCUUUUCCCAACGUUUUUCUUGCCUCGUUUUCCUCGAACCUUUUUCUUCUUCCUCUUUUUUCUUUCUUUCUUUCAUUCUUUCUUCCUUUCUUUCUUUCUUUCUUCUCGACACUAUCCCUCUCUCUCUUCCUUCCUUCCUUCCUUCCUUCCCACAUCCUCUCUCCUUUCCUUCCUUCCUUCCUUCCUUCCUACAUCCCUCUUCCUUCCUUCCUUCCUUCCUUCCUUCCCACAUCUCUCUCUCUUCCUUCCUUCCUUCCUUCCUUCCUUCCUUCCUUCCUACAUCACCUCUCCCUUCCUUCCUUCCUUCCUUCCUUCCUUCCUUCCUUCCUUCCUUCCUUCCUUCAUCCUCUCUCUCUCUUCCUUCCUUCCUUCCUUCCUACAUCCUCUCUCCCUUCCUUCCUUCCUUCCUUCCUUCCUUCCUACUCUUUCCAUAUUUAUUUUUUAAAUCUUUCAUUCAUAGCUUCUUUCAUUCUUUUAUUUUUUCUUUCUUCCAUCCUUUUGUUUUUGUUUUUUUUUACUUUCGCUGCCAUUUUUCGUUUCUUGAUUUUCUUUCCGUUAAUUUUCUAUUUUUUUUCAUUCGCUCGACAUUUUUUGCUAUUCUUUAUUUCUCUCGUUCAUCAUUAUUCUUUUUUUAUUUCUGUUUUACUUUUUGUUUUUUUUUCAUUUUUUUAUUAUUUUCUUACGUUUUUUUUGUUUUUUCAAAUUUUACUUUUACUUUGUUAUUUUUUUUACAUUCCUUUUUUCUCUCGUUCUUUGUCGUUUUCUUUCAUUCUUUUUCUUUCGUUUUUGUUACAUUUUGUUCUUUUUCUUUGUUUUCCUAAUCUUUCUUUCUUUCUGUCGCUUUUUCAUUUCUUUCUUUCUUCUCUCUUUCUUUCUUACUUUCUUUCUUUCUUUCUUUCUUUCUUUCUUUCUUUCUUUACACUUCUUUUUUCUCUCCUUCAUCAUUGUGCAAGGGUUUCAUCACUCCUUCUUUUUUUUCUUUUUCUUUUUCUUCCUCUUUUUCGUCAGGUUUCUAAUCUAAGAUUAUUGUUCAAAUUUUACUUUCAUUUUGUUAUUUUUUUACAUUCCUUUUUUUCUUUUAUUCAUUGUCGUUUUCUUUCAUUCUUUUUCUUUCUUUUUUAUUACAUUUUGUUCUUUUUCUUUGUUUUCCUAAUCCUUCUUUUUUUCUGUCAUUUUUUUCAUUUCUCAUUUCUUUCUUUUCUUUCUUUCUUUCUUUCUUUCUUUCUUUCUUUCUUUCUUCAAACUUUUUUUUCUCUCCUUCAUUAUUUUGCAAGAGCUUUAUUAAUCCUUCCUUUUCUUUUUUCUUCCCCAUUUUCGUCAGGUUUGUAA